AUGAGCGGACGGUCAAGAAAGCUCAAUGUGACGGAGCAGAAGAUUCAUCAGGCGUUCCUUUUUACCGAUAACUCGACACUAACACAAAAACAAGUCGAUGCUAUCGAACCCGACCCGAAGAAGAGAACGGACGCUAUUAAUGUUCUCUCUCAAACGGGAUUGAUUCGUAUUCAGAGGGGUGCAGGGGGAGGGAUAUCAUAUCGUGCAGUAGGGAAAAACGAGAUUGAAGCGAAGAAAGACCUUGCAGGCGAAGAAUUACUCGUGUUGAAUCAUAUCCAGGCAGCAAGCAACGAAGGAAUUUGGACGAAACAUCUCAAAACGAAGACGGAGCUGCACCAGACCGUGAUCGAUAGAUGCCUCAAGUCGCUCGUACACAAGCAGCUUAUUAAGAGUAUCACGAAUAUAAAGUAUCCAACCAGGAAAACCUACAUGCUAUACCACCUCGAGCCAUCUUCUUCCAUAACUGGUGGACCGUGGUACACAGAUAGCGAACUCGAUACGGAGUUCAUUAAAUUACUCAUGGACGCGUGUCUGAAGUUCAUUCGUGAGAAGAGCUUCCCAAGAGGGAAAGGAGACGCUCUCUUUCCUAUAUCCUCCGCACCGGCGUAUCCUACGACGAAGCAGAUUAGAACCUUCUUACAGAAGACACGGAUUACGGAGACGGAGUUGACGGAAGAGCAUAUUGAGAUGCUUUUGAAUGUGCUUAUUACAGAUGGACAGAUCGAACGGUUACCUGCAUUUGGCGCUGCUCUCUGGGAAGCAAAUGCUAACGUACGCGAAGACGAGCAUGAUAGCGAUAACGAAGACAAACCGAAGAAACGGAAAAAGAAGAAGAAAGACGUAGAAGAUGAACGAGAGAAGAAACGUAGACGAAAAUCAGGUCGAACUUUGCUAUCGGAUUCUGAGUCCGAGUCCGAGUCUCAUGGAGAGGAGGACGUUAAUGUAAAGAGUAAGAAGAAGAAACGUAGUGCAUCGAAGAAAGCGAUUAGCAGUGGAUCGGAUGAGAGCGAGGAUGACAAAGAAGCAGAUGCAAAACAUAAUGCCGCCGGUGAAGUAUCGUUGGACGUUGGAGACUUCGGCGGAACGUAUGUAUACCGUGCCAUUCGACAAGAACGUGUCGUAUUAGGAUGGUCGGAAGCUCCUUGUGGGAGGUGUCCACAAAUUGAUUUUUGUAAAGACGGAGGACCAGUCAACCCGAGGGAAUGUCAGUAUUUUGGUGACUGGUUAGCUCGGACGGAGAUCGCGCUGGAAUGA